AUGUAUUCAAAAUUUCUCUACACAAGAAGACUUGAACAAAAGACUUACGUAGAUCAUUAUUUGAAAUAUCUCAUCCCAAUUUCAAAUUAUAAGGUUGUUUGUUUCUUUCAAUCUAACACCGAAGAAGCUGGAGAAUAUGAAGUUUACGAAAUCAGGAAAACUGCUCCAAUAGUUAAGAAAUAAAUGAAAGAAAUAGUUAUAAUGAGCGAGCCAUUUGAAUAUUCAGAUAGAGAAAUAGGAUUUUUCAAUACUGAAACAUUAUCUUUAUGGAUACUUGACUUUAUGGAUUCAAAAAUAACCAAUACAGAAGUAACUUUACCUAGCCAAAGAUUAAAUAACUUUUUUACUCCAGAAUUUCUAAACAUUAAUAAAGUUGUUUAUGUGGAUCAAUGUUUGAGAUACAAAUAUUUUUAAGGAAUCUAAAGUUUUAUUACUUUAGAAUAAUUUUAUGUUUUCGCAAGUGAGGACGCCACUUGCAAUGAAAAUAACUUUAUAAGUUGGAAUGUAAUUGAAAACAAAAAGAUAGAUGAAUGUUAGAUUAACGAGUCAAACUACCUUGUUUUCGAAGAGUUACAAAAACAAAAGAUUAUCUUAAUUUGUAAAUAGGUGUAUUUGGAUGAAGAUUUCACUUUUAGUUUAUGGAUACCAGGAAGCAAUCUAUAUAAAUUCAUUAAUGUAAAAUAGGCUCUGAAUGCAACCAUUCUCAAACCUUUUGAUAACCAAAAUAAAAUUAUAAUCAAAGAAGAGUAACCUGAUGCAUCAUUUAUCAGCAAGAAAAUUAUGAUAACUGCAAAUCCAAAUCAUUAGGCUCAUCCUAUUUUAAUUAAUAUUGAAUGUGAUCAAGACCUUAAUCUAAAAGACUUUAAUUAUGCUCCUUAUUAAAUUGACUCAAAAGGAUGCAUCUUGAUAGAGAGUCCAUGGCUGGUAGGAAAUGAAUUGAUAGUCUCUUACUAUACUCACACCAAUAUCACAAUUGCUGUAUGCGACAUUAAUAAGCAAUUAGAACCCUGCAAGUUGAUAAAUUUUAAAUAAGAGUAAAAGGUUUCCAAUUUCUACUUUUCUCAAAGUCCAAAACACUUUGUUGAAUUAUUUGAUGAUGCAACCAAAAAUAAAGUUGAAGAAGAAAUUAUAUUACCGAAUCAAACUCAGGAAGUAACACAAUACUAUCACCAUUCCUUUGUUCCAAACCAAAUUCAUUUCUUUCAUUAUUUGAUAUAAAAAGGGAUUUAUAAUUAAAUUGGAGAUUUGUGCAUGGAAGUUAUGCAGUUUGCAUUUUCUAGUCCAAUCAAGAAGGAAAAGGUAGAACAUUAGAAUUGA